AUGUCGUCGCUCAAACGAUGCAUAUUACUUUGUUGCCUUUGGUGCCUCUCUUCCUGGGCAGCAAAGGUUGAAAAGACGCUACGGUUUACCUGGGAGAAGGGUGCGCCUAAUGGCCAAUCGCGAGACAUGAUCUUUACGAAUGGGCAAUUUCCCGGCCCCAGCCUCCUGUUCGAUGAGGACGACGAUGUCGAAAUUACAGUUCACAAUGACAUGAAUCGAAACGUGACCGUUCACUGGCAUGGCCUUGCUCAAGAAGGCACACCCUGGGCUGACGGCGUGAUGGGGCUGUCACAAAAGCCCAUCUUGCCAGGAGAGUCUUUUGUGUACAAGUUCAAAGCCUCACCGGCCGGAACACACUGGUACCAUUCUCACGAGCGCAUGUCUCUUAUCGACGGCCUUCAUGGUGCCAUGUUCAUAAGACCAAAGCAAAACAUGAGAGAAUUAUGGUCCAAGAUUAGCCAGGAUCCAGAGGAUAUCGAAGCAAUGGACAAGGCAGCGGCCAAUCCACAGCUAAUGGUGUUGUCGGACUGGACUCGUCUCACAUCUGACGAGUAUUGGAGAGUGAUUGAAGAGUCCAAGAUAUUAAUAUUCUGCGUUGAUAGUAUUUUAUUGAAUGGCCACGGGGAGCUGUACUGCCCACCUCACGAAUUCCUCAUCAGUCAAACACAGCCGAUGCCACAGAAGUUUACUUUUCCAGAUUACAACGUAACAGAUAAAGGGUGUUUCCCUAUACAAGCAGAGGGCAUUCAGGGUCCCUGGGUCAACGAAAGCCACCCCGAAAAAGUACCAGAUCACAUGCAAUGGGGUUGUGUACCUUCAAAAGGGUCAAAUUAUACAGUCGAAGUCGAUGCGGCGGACCGCUGGGUCAGCAUGAACUUCGUUGCGGCGGCGGCGAAUAAGCAAGUCGACUUCUCCAUCGACGAGCACCCCAUGUGGAUUUACGAAGUCGACGGCAACUACGUCGAGCCUAAAAAGAUUGUGGCAGCGGCCAUUACUGCCGGCGAGCGCUAUUCUGUGCUGGUCAAGUUGGACAAGCCCCCUGGCCGCUACACCAUUCGACUGCCAGACACUGGGGCAACGCAGGUGAUUUCAGGCUUUGCAAACAUGGUGUACAAAGGUGCGGAAGAGGUAGUACCGGACACUCACCCUUACGUUACGUACGGGGGGCUGAAUGCGCGAGAGGAGACUGCGACGCAAAGCUACACGCCAUAUAAUAUCACCUCGGACAACAUGCCACCAUGGCCCGCGAAUGCUCCAGCUGCUACGGCUGACGAGGAGUUUCUUCUCGUCAUGGGCCGGGCUGGAGCACCGCAUCUUUACACCAUGAACACAAAGUACAUGUACCCUGUUGACUUCAAAGCCGACCGCCCGCUGCUUUUCUAUCCGAACCAGACCCUAGGAACUGAAGACGAGAAUCUCGUCGUGCGUACUAAGAACGGCUCCUGGGUAGAUUUGAUUCUCCAGGUUGCCGUUUUGCCCGGCGACGGCGUGGCGUUCGAGCACAUCAUGCACAAACACGGCAGCAAGACGUGGAGAAUAGGAAACGGAGCCGGUAAGUGGAAAUACAGCAGUGUUGCUGAAGCUAUUGCGGCCGAGCCGGAGAGCUUCAAUCUCAAAGACCCAGGGUACAGAGAUACCUGGAUGACAAUGUUUUCUCCCGUCCCAGCUGGUGGGUAUUGGAGUGUCUUUCGCUACCAGGUCACAAACCCGGGCCCUUGGCUCUUCCAUUGUCAUUUCGAGUUGCACGCCAUGGGAGGCAUGUCCAUCGCACUGCUGGACGGAGUCGAUGUCUGGCCAGAGGUGCCAGCCGAGUAUGCUAUUGAGGAGAGCCGUCCGCUUACUGUGACAUCAAACAAGGCGCAGAAGCCUCUGUAUGUCAAGAUUUGGGAUUAUGUAAAGGGGGUAUUGGGAUUCCUCCCUAUUACAGAUGAAUUGCGCCGCUGA